AUGGGAUAUCCUUGCCAAGUCUUCCACGCUUCAGAGCUUCCUGAGCAUGUUCAAACGAACCUCAGCGGUCGCAAGCGCAAACUCGAGCAAGGGCCAAAGAAUGUCGAUCUCUCUAGUUGCGAGCUCCUUGGGAUGCUGCAGUAUAAGUGCGAGAUCAAAGAGCCUGCUAAAUGGGAUAGUCCCGUGCAAUGCUUUGCCGUUGAGAGAUUGUUUCGAAAAUGUGCAGACAAGAAGGGUUUGUUUAUGGUUGAGACGACGGCGUGGGAGGGCGAAGAUUAUCCUACGGUGGGACGGAAAAGCGACGAUGGAAAGGAUGGCAAAGACAAGACGCCUCCUCAGCACUAUCACUGGCCAUUGAGUUGGAAUUCGCCCGACACAGCAAGAUGA